UACGUCAAACAAAAAAGCUGGUCUAACUUUUUGUUUAAGUUAUUCUACUUUGUUUUGUUUUGUUUUGUUUUCUUCCCACAAUCAACAGAACAAAUCUGAAUUGAAUUUCAAACAAACAAAAAACUGAGAGAGUUCAGAACAGCAACAACAGAGUCAGAAAAUGGGGAACGUUACAGUUCCUUUUGUAGGGAUGGUAAUUGCAGAGUGUGUUCAAGUUGCGUUAAUCAUCUUGAGCAAACAAGUCAUGGCUCAAGGAAUGACCAGUUUCAUUUUCAUUUUCUACUCCAAUUCCAUCGCUGCCAUCGUCCUUCUUCCAUCUUCCUUCUACAUCCACAGAUUUCAACGUCCUCCAAUCACGUUUUCCACCCUUUCUGGAUUCUUCAUACUUGGACUACUUGGGUUUUUGGCGCAGGUUUUUGGAUAUGCUGGGAUUUACUACAGCUCAUCAACACUUGCUACUGCCAUGCUCAAUCUUGUUCCUGGUUUUACCUUCAUACUUGCCGUUCUUUUUAGAAUGGAGCAAUUGGAUUGGAGAAGCUAUAGCAGCCUAGCAAAAUCAUUGGGAACCAUAGUAUCAAUUGCCGGUGCUUUUAUUGCGACUUUGUACAAGGGUGCUGCACUUCUGAAGGGACCGUCACCCGCAAACUUAUAUCAGCAGCUAGAUUUCUCGCAGGACACUAGUUGGAUAAUCGGAGGAUCAUUUCUUGCAGCUGAUUGUGUGGUGGCUUCAGCAUUUCUGAUAGUGCAGGCUUCUAUUCUUAAGAAAUAUCCAGCAGGGUUGAUUGUUGUAUUCUUUUAUUGUUUCUUUGUGGCCAUUCUAUCUGCCGUGACCUGUUUGGUUGUGGAAAGAGACAUCAAUGCUUGGAGCUUGAAACCCAAGCUACGGUUGCUAUCAGUUUUAUACUCGGGAGUGUUUGGCUCUGCAUUUCAAGUUGGUGUGACUACUUGGUGUUUGCACCAGACAGGACCUGUUUUUGUUUCCAUGUUUAAGCCUAUAGGAAUUGUCAUAUCGGUGGUUAUAGGCGUUGUCUUCCUUGGUGAUGCAUUCUAUCUCGGAAGUUUGAUUGGUGCUACUGUGAUUGUUAUUGGGUUUUAUUCUGUGUUGUGGGGGAAAUCCAAAGAUAUUGACGCGAUAAGCUUGGAAUCAAGAGGCAACCAUACCCCUCUUUUGAAAGAAAACAACAGUGAAGACGUAUAAAGAUGUUAGUUCACUUGAAAAGAUGCUGAAAUUCUGCCAAAAAUUUAGGCAUCUCCGAUUGUCUUACUCGGAGUAAGGGAGACAACUCUGAUUAUGAGAAGUAUAUACUGUAAUUUUUCUCUUUUAAUGGCGCAUGGAUAGUUUCCCGAUGAAAGUUAUAGGUCAAAUCAUCGAGGAUUAUUUGAAUGUAAAUGGUUUUUUUAAACACAAUUUACAAUAAUAGAACAUAAUGUUGUCGGUUGAUUCA